GGAAGAAUUGGUAAGUGGACAUGGGGAGACUUGAAAGAAUCUUAUACUUACGAUGGUGGACGACUGAGCGAGAUCAAGUAUGCUGACGAUACAUCCCUGCUGUUUACAUUUAAGGAUGCAACCAGCAUGUAUCCAUUAAAAAUAACAACACCAAGACGAUCUGACUAUUUGCUGCAAUAUGACGAGUCUGGAGCACUUCAGAGUCUCACAACUCCACGCGGUCACAUCCACACCUUCUCAUUGCAGACAUCCUUUGGAUUCAUGAAGUAUCAAUAUCAUUCACCGACUCAGAGACAUCCAUUUGAGCUGCAGUAUGAUGAUCAAGGUAAUUUAUUGGCUAAAAUUUUGCCACAUCAAAGUGGAAAGAUUGUUUAUGUCUAUGACUUAAAUGGACGGCUAGAGACGAUACUUGCUGGAUUAUCACAGACGCACUACACAUAUCAAGAAGGAACUGGAUUACUCAAGCAAGUUGAAGUCAAAGAACCAGGAUUUGAACUCAGAAGAGAGUUCAGAUACCACACAGGAUUACUUAAGGACGAAAAGAUCAAGUUCAGCUCCAAAGGAACAAUCACAGCAAGUCAUUAUAAAUACCAAUACGACAGCCAAGCUCGAGUCAGUGCUAUUGAGAUGACAUUGGAUGGUAAAGACUUACCAAUGCUCAGAUUUAAGUUCCAUCAGAAUCAUGGAACCCUUUUGAAUGUCUCAGACCUGAAAAUAUCCAGAAAUGUCAACCGAACAGUCAUUGAAGAUGUGUCCAAGAACUACUUCACAAUCACAGACUACGAUGAACAUGGACGAGUCAAGUCAGUCCUAAUCAACAUCAAAUCUGUCGAUGCAUUCAGACUGGAACUUGAACAUGAUUCUAGAAACAGAAUUAAGACACACAAAGUCACAAUCGGACGACAGCCAUCAAUGGACAAGAUUAAUUACAAUGCUGAUGGACAUGUGAUGGAAGUAAGUGGAACGAACAACUGGAAAUACUUGUAUGAUGAGAAUGGCAAUGUUGUUGGAAUCAUGGAGCAAGGGGAUAAGAUGAACUUUGGAUAUGACCCUGCUGAUCGUGUUAUUCAGGUUGGUGACGUCGAGUUCAACACCUACGACUCACGAGGCUUCGUCACAAGACGUGGUGAGCAAAAGUAUCGAUACAACAACCGAGGACAACUCACACACGCUAUGGAACGUGAUAAGUUCCAAACAUGGUAUUGCUAUGAUGAUUUGGAUCGUAUGGUCAUGUGGUAUGAUGAGAAAGGAAAUGUCACGCAGUUCUUCUACGCAAAUCUUAUGAAUAGAAAUCUAGUCACGCACAUGCAUCAGCCGAAGAGUGGAAGGACGUUUAGAUUCAUCUACGACGAUCGCUCAAACCUCAUUGCUGUUGAGACCUCAGACCAAAGAUUCUAUGUAGCAACCGACCAAAAUGGCUCACCACUUGCCUACUUUGAUGUCAAUGCCAAUGUUGUUAAGCAAAUAAGACGCACACCAUUCGGUAAAAUCAUCAAAGACACAAAUCCAGAGUUUUAUGUUCCAAUUGGCUUCCAUGGUGGUCUUAUGGAUCCAAACACAAACUUAAUCUACAUAAAUUCAAGGCUUUAUGACCCAACAGUUGGACAAUGGAUGACACCAGACUGGGAGAGACUAGCCAAUAACAUGGUUCUGCCUACUGAUGUAUUUACAUACAGAUUCCGAAACAAUGAUCCAAUUAAUGGAUGGAGAAGUCAAGAACAUGAUCAACAAUCAAUUGGACUCAUGUCUGACAUCAAUUCAUGGAUCAAGAUGUUAGGAUAUGAUGUUGAUAGAAUGCAAGGAUCAAAAUAUAUCAACAGUGUGUUGCACAAGCCUGAAUUUAGAAUCAAGUCUGAACAGAUAUCGCCAGAGUUUGGUGCUAUAUCAGGGCUGAGGAGUAUUAUUGAUAAGAUCGACGAAUCAUUCUCGAAUGUCGAAAUCGUCCCACGUUCCCUCCUCUUUGACUACAUUCCAAUCACACAACCGCGCAUUGCAUAUCGUCGUGGCAUAUUUGGUGAAGGAGUUCUCUUCUCACGCGUUGACAAUCGUGCACUUGUCUCAGUCAUUGACAGUUCAAACAGUGUUGUACAAGACGUCGUCUCGUCAGUCUUUAACAAUUCAUUCUUCCUCGACCUUCAUUUCAACAUUCACAGUCAGGAUGUCUUUUAUUUUGUGAAAGACAACAUCAUGAAGUUGCGUGAUGACACGGAGGAAUUGAGACGACUCGGUGGAAUGUUUAAUGUGACAACACAUGACAUUAAUGAUCAUGGUAGUGAGAAUGGUAAAGAAUUGAGACUGCAUGGCAGUGAUGCGAUUGUUAUUAUAAAAUAUGGAGUUGAUCCAAUAACUGAGAGGAGGAGAAUCCUUAAGCAUGCACAUAAGAGAGCUGUUGAUAGAGCAUGGGAGAAUGAGAAGACACUUAUUGCUGGUGGUGCUGAAGGAAGUGUGAGUUGGACGGAGGAUGAGAAGGAGGAGCUCCUACAAAAUGGUGAAGUUGAGCACUACGAUGGUGUUGACAUUCACAGUAUUCAUAAAUAUCCACAAUUAGCCGAUGAUCCUUCCAAUGUUGUCUUCCAACGAAGCUCAAAAACACACUGACGACGGGGUAAUAGUGAUACCGAGGGUAUCGUUAAAAAUAAAGGUAAACGACAACGACAAAAUCAACAACAGCAACAACAGUAAAAGCGCAAGUAGAAAUUAACAAAUUAAUGAAUAUAAUAAAAAUUAAAUAAUUAUUAAAAAAUUUGUCCCACCAUGUAAAAAGAAUUAUCAAGCAUUUGCUCUAAUUUUUGGGGUUAAUGUGGAUAAGAAACGGAAGAAAUGAUGUUCUGAAUUGGGAUUUGGAAGUUGGAGUGAUGAUUAAUGUUGAAAUUUGC